AUGCUGCAAUUCCUUCCAUUUCUCGGCCUGUUCGCCAGCGUCGUGGCAGGCCACGGUGUCGUUGACAGCUUCAAGACUGACGGCGUAGAACACCCCGGCUAUCAGCUCAGCUACUACUAUGACCAGAAGAAUGGCAAGGAGCUUCCCGAGCUAGCUGCCUGGUCCGCCGAGAAUCUUGACAGUGGCUUUGUUGCGCCCGAGAACUACACGUCUCCCGACAUUGUUUGCCAGAAGAAUGGUGUCCCCGCCAACUCCACUGUCAAAGUGUCUGCUGGCGGAACCGUUGAGUUUCACUGGACACGGUGGGCUCACUUUGGGCCUAUGAUGACCUAUGUUGCUAGGUGUCCAUCUGACGACUGCAGCAAUGUUGACAAGACGGCACUCGAAUUUGUCAAGAUAGACGAGGCUGGCAUCAAUUUUGAUACGCAGGAAUGGGCUGCAAGGGCUAUGGUCAACAACAACAACACUUGGGUCACAACUGUUCCGAAAUCGCUUGCAGCUGGCAGCUACGUCUUCCGCCAUGAGACCAUCGCUGUUCACGGAUCUUUCCGGGAAGGCGGCGCCCAGAACUAUCCUCAAUGCUUCAACAUUGAGGUCACCGGCUCCGGCACAGCAGAGCCCAAAGGCGUUCGAGCGCAAGAGUUGUACACCCCCACUGAUCCCGGCAUUUCAUUCAACCCGUACAAAACACCGAUCCAGAACUACACCAUUCCUGGGCCCGCGCUGUUUAGAGACGGAGAGGUAGCAACCAACACCAGCACCGCCCCGUCCACGCCAUCCGUUCAACCGCUGGUGAGCACUGCAACCAGUCGAUCUUUCGCCAACUCAACGGCACAUGUGCCCAUUCUUUCUGCCACGCCAUCAAACUCCGCCGAUACUCUCUCCACCAACGCUGCCACAGCCACCCCCACCGCGCGUACCACCGAGAUUGCAAUCGCGUCUAGCUCGGUCAGCCUUCCUGCCACGCUCAAGACCGGCCCCACAGUCCAGACAACCCAGCCUGUGCCAUCUUCAGCCUGUUUGCCCUCCGGAUCGGAGUUCGUGACCUCCAAGACAAACGCAGACACAGCUUUGAACGGGGAAAACUCGCUGCCUCAGACUUUUACCCUUGAAACUUUCAUCGAGUGGCUCCGUGAGAAUUCAUCCAAGAAUACGCGGCGCCAUCCUCGUGAGCUCCUUUAA